UAAUUUCAGACCCGUGUCCAUGAAACUCUCUCAGGUCUCCCGUUCACUAACUCGUAUAAUAUUCUAUCUCAUCACUUCAACAGAAGUAAAAAAAACUAACAUUCUCCUACAUCUUUUUUCUCUGUAAGAAAAUAAAAUAAAAUGAGAGGUUGAUAGAAGCGAUCGGUCAAGACUGAAAACAGGUUUCUUUUCUUACAUCACAUACAUUCUACGUUCAUGGGUUCAUCGAUUUUCCUUCAUUGAACAAGAGUUUUCUUUAUAGACACAUUUUUUUGAAGUUUAUUUGCACAGGAAAAAAACACACAACCAAAAAGAUAACAUUUUCCACUUCAGAUCUUUGUAAAAGGUACGGGAUAAGGUACAACAUUUUUCGAUCUCGAAAUUGAAGUUAUUUCUAAUUCUGGGUUUUCUUUAAAUUUCUUCAUUUCUGUUUGUGUCGGUGAAAGUUUGAGUUUUGUGGGUGGGCAAUUGAGAAGUAGUGAUUUAGGGUUCUCUGGAAUGUGAUAGAUUUGGUUAGGGGGGUUUGAUUUUGGAAAAUUUAGUUGUUUAAAGUUGUAAUUUAUUGCUUAUGUAAGCUAAAUAUGGAAAAUAUAUGGUUGAAAGCAUUUACCUGAGUUAGUUAGGGUUGGAUAUUUAUGGUAACCCAUUUGGGGAACUUGUUUGAAUUUGUUGUUGAAUUUAGGGGUUCCUGUAACAACAAUAAAGUUAGUUCUUUUUUGGAGAUUUUUAUCUGGUUUUGUUAGAAGUGAUGGAUUAUGGUGGUGAAGCUGGAUUUUCGGGUGGAAAUGUUGUACAAAUUAAUCCUGAAAUUCCUAGUAUGGAGAAUUGGGGGCCAAGUUUAAAUGAUCAAGCAAUAUGGGCAACUGAAGAUGAUUAUGGUUUGUGGAAUGGUGAUUUAUCUGUAGAUACUCCUUUGAAUUAUGAUGGAAGACAAUCUCAAUCUCGAUCAGGAAGUGAACCUCCAAAUAAAAAGUCGAGGAACAAUUCGCAAGGAGGGGAUUCAUUUGGAAGUGGGUUUGGUAGAGAUUUUCCCUCUCCUGCGAAUCGCUCAAAGGUUAUUGGAAAGAUGUUUUUCAAAACUAAACUUUGUUGCAAAUUCAGAACCGGUACUUGUCCUUACAUUACUAACUGUAAUUUCGCUCAUGGGAUUGAAGAACUGCGUAAACCCCCUCCAAAUUGGCAAGAAAUUGUUGCAGCUCAGGAUGAAGAUCGUUGGUUAUUGUCGGAACCAAGGGAGGAAAAUCAGAUUCCAAUUCUUACUACUUCUAAUAAUACUGGAGAAACUCAACGAUCUUAUAAAGGACGGCAUUGUAAGAAGUUUUAUACUGAAGAGGGUUGCCCAUACGGAGAUAAUUGUACAUUUCUUCAUGAUGAACAAUCGAAAGCUCGUGAAAGUGUAGCAAUAAGUUUGGGACCAAGUAUGGGCAAUGGGUAUGGAACUACUGCAAAUGGCUCGAGCCAAAAGCCAUCAAAUUGGAAAACAAGGAUCUGUAACAAGUGGGAGACAACUGGGUACUGCCCAUUUGGUAGCAAGUGCCAUUUUGCCCAUGGAUUGGGAGAGCUACACAGAUACGGUGGAGGUCUAGUGGACACAGAAGGAAGAGAGGGUUCUUUAGCUCCUCCGGACCUGAAACCAGUUGGUGGAGUCCCAUCGAAGACAACAAUGGAUUCUGGGCUUCCAUCUACCACAUCUGUUCCUCAUGCAGAUGUUUAUCACAUGGGAGGAGUUCCCUCACAGAGAUCUUUGGCUGUAAACCAGAGACCAGGGCAAAGACCCAUUCACAAAUGGAAAGGCCCUGACAAAAUCAGUAGGAUAUAUGGUGAUUGGAUCGAUGAUAACGAGAUGGAACCUGCUCGUUAGUUGCGGGAGAAUAAGUGAGCUCGAAAAUUCGGGACAGUGGAGAACCAAAAUUUGGUUUGUGAACAAAUUUCUUGCUCAAUCAUACUUGUCCUUGUAAAAUCUGAUUUAGUUUUGAGUUUGGUUCUUUUCAUCGAUGUUGUAAGGUUGUAAUUUCUAAGGCUUGGAAUUUUUGUUCCUCCUUUUCUUUCACAGACCCUUUUUAGGAAAACCAAUAAUCUUAAAUCUUCAUCAGUCGAAGCUUUUUACA